UUUUGUUUCUCAUAGACACCUCUCCUCUCUGAUUCUCCUUUCUUUACAUACCAUACUAUCAUCAUGGCGCAAACUCCGCAAGACCUUAAGAUUGCCAUUCUGGGUGCAGGCAUGGGCGGUCUGACCUGCGCCUUGGCUCUGGCUAAGGAAGGCUUCAAGAACAUCGACGUUUAUGAGAAUGCACACGAUCUGGGCUUCGUUGGAGCUGGUAUCCAACUGGCCCCGAACAUGGCCCGCGUGCUGGAUCGCCUGGGUGUCUGGAAGCCCAUUGAGGCCGAGGCUGUUAACAUUACUUCCACUAGCGUUAGAGUCGGUGCCUCGGACUCGGAGUUGGCCCACGUCCCACUGGAAUACAUCCACGACACCUACGGAUAUCCCCACAUGGUUGGCCACCGGUCUUCCCUCGCCGGCCACCUGUACCAAGGUUGCCUGCAGCACCCGGACCAGAUCCGCUUCCACUUUGCCACUACCGCCAGCGACACCACUUUCGGUCCUAAGUCCUCCUUCACCGCUACCCCCCGCGACCACCCCGAGCAGGCCUACCGCGUUGAGGCCGAUGUCCUCCUCGCCUGUGAUGGCAUCAAGUCCCAGUCCCGCGUGGCCAUGCUCGACCUCCUCGGCAUCAAGGCCGGCGUCAAGGACACCCACCAGGCCGCCUACCGUAUCAUGAUCCACAAGGACCAGAUCAAGGACGACCCCGAGCUCCUGGAGCUCAUGAACGGCAACCGCGUGACUCGCUGGAUCGGCGAGAAGCGUCAUAUUAUUGCCUACCCCGUCUCUAACAACACCAUCUACAACCUUUCCACCACCCAACCUGACACCCACUUCGCCGCCGCCACCAAUGCCACCUAUACCACCCGCGGUGACAAGUCCGUCAUGCUGGGUGUCUUCGGCGACUUCUGCCCCAUGGUCCAGCGUAUGCUGAACUACGUCCCCGAGGGUGAAGUCUGCGAGUGGAAGCUGCGUGUCCACGAGCCCCUCCCCACCUGGGUGCACGAGACCGUCGCCCUUGUCGGCGAUGCCUGCCACCCUACCCUGCCCCAUCUCGCACAGGGUGCCGCCCAGGCCAUCGAGGACGGUGGUGUCAUCGGUGCUGUCCUCUCCAAGCUCCCCGAUACUACCCCGGCUUCCAUCCACAAGGCCCUCAAGGUCUACGAGAAGGUGCGCAAGGACCGUGCUUACGCUAUCGUCGAGCUGGCUGCCGCUUCCGGCCGUGCUCUCCACCUGGGUGACGGUGCCGCCAAGGAGGAGCGUGAUCGCCAGUUCGCUGCUCUCCGCCAGGGUAAGGGCCCUGUGCCCGACAAGUGGGCGGAUGCCGAUGUGCAGAAGGAGCUGUAUGGUGUUGAUGCGACUAAGAUCGCGCUGGAGCAGUUCGACGAGCUCUUUGCUUCUGUGUAAGCUUUGGCCUUAUACCUUUUCCUUAUUUCUUUUCUGUUUUCUUGUCGCCUUCACGAUUGAACCCGAUGUAUAUUGUAUAUAGAGCUGAUUGGUUGUAUUGAUGAUUGAAGGUCGGGUCGUGAGGCGAAGCUGGCUUGAUCGAUUAUUUGGAGGAAUUGAUUGGUUGGCCGGAAUUAGUGUUCUUUUAUCUAGC